UUUACCAUGAUGCAAAUGUUCUUCGGCUGGAAGUCUUUAACCAUGGUCAACAAGAGAUAACAGGGUCAGCUACACACACGGAGAGAUCAUUAGACAGGUGACGUAUAUGACAUAUCAUAUCAGCUAUAUGAUACCUGACAUAAAUAGAACAACACAUCUGUAGUAGAUGUAACACAUACCCACAUCAUCAGCAGCAAAGAUGGGCGAGAGGACACCCCUACUGGGAAGAGAUCUAGAAAGGACUCCUGGCGGUAAAAUCCAAUUCUCCGAGUCCACAGAAGACUGCGAUCCACUCAGGCAUAGACAGAUAUCCUGGGACGAUAGCAUCGCCAGUGUAGGAGCAAGGGAUGUCAAGGAUGUCUAUGUUAGAGUCAGACCAAAGUCGGCACCACCGCUCCGACAUUCGGCAGAAUCAGAUGAUAGUGAUGAUGGAUGGACUCAGAGCUGGAAACGCCGAAGACCCCAAACAAGCCUUGAUGAAAGGACUGCGAUAGACCCAGAUGAGAUCUGUAGGAUCCUCAAUAGACAAAGGAGCGGUGGAAGUGAGGAUGAGGUUUUCCUGGACAAAGAGGCGAACAAAGGCAAGGUCACUGCCAAGGUACAGGUAAUGAAUUUGGUGUUGCUGAACAUUAUUCAGAUCAUCUGGACCAUUGCUAACCACAUGCAUGCUCCCGUAUAUUCACAAUACCUUUAUCGACGAAUACUGGAUGAAGUGCUUGGUAACAGCACACUACCGUCAGGACACAAUUCAAGUACCUUGAACGACACUCAGUGCUAUAAACCCUCUGGUAAUGCGAGCGACUCUAACAGCAAAAACGGGUACUCUCUUCAAAAAGAAGCACAAAAACUUGCAUCUCAGAUGAACAUGUACUUUUCCUUGGUCGGCUGUGCGUUUUCCCUAGUCAGCACCAUUCUAUUCGGUGCCUACUCGGAUUAUUUUGGAAGAAAGAUGCUGUUCCUGCUGCCCUUGAUAGGAUAUUUGAUAGAUUUUAUUCUAGUGACAAUAACCAUACAAUGGUCUCUUGACAUCAGAAUAUUUUUUCUAACAGCAGUCCUAACUGGCGUUUGCGCAGCCGAGAUUUUCGCAAUUGCAAGCAGCGCAUUCGUUGCUGACAACACGCCACCUGAAGGGUCUCGAACCGUUGCUCUUCUUGCUACAACCAUUACCGAGUCACUGACGGGGGCCGCCAUGUCCACCGGCGUGGGCUACUACAUACAACUUCAAGGGUUCGUCCUUCCUUCCCUCACUGCAGCAGCCAUCCUACUGCUCAACAUACUGGCUGUUGUAUUCAUCCUCCCGGGGAAGAGAAAGGUAGCCGCCGCAUCCAAACUACGGAAGAAGAAAAUAGAGGAGAAAAACAUUCUUACUCCCCUUAAAGCUGUGCGGAACGUGUUUAGCUUUUACUUUUUCGAAGGUACAGUCAAACUGCGAGUAAUGUUUUCAUUGGCAUUGGUUGCAUAUUUCCUCCACGAAAUUGCUGGAAAAACUGGCAACAUUGGUACACUAUGGGAGAUGAACUACCCUUUCUGUUGGAGCCCAGAGAUGAUGGGGUACUAUAGCACGGCAUCCUCCAUAUUCGCUGAGGUAAUAAAACUCCCUCUCUUGAAGCUGUUUCAAUGCUGCUUCAACGAUCGGUUCAUCGCCAUUUGGAGCAACAUCGCCUACACAGGAGGAAUUGUUUUGAAGGCAUUUGCCUAUGACAACUUCAUGAUGUAUGGAGUGGCUUUCAUAUCGGCAUUUGAUUUGUCAGUUUCGACGAUAAUUAAAUCCAUGGUAUCGAGCAUGGCCGGGGCUGAUCGACAAGGUGCUGUGUUCUCAAGCUUAGCCAUUGCCAACAUCAUUACCUCGAUAACUGGGACGCCCAUGUUUAGCGAGAUCUACAAGUAUACGUUGGACAUCUUUAAGGGAGUUACCUACCUUGUUUCUGCGGGACUUCAGUGUACGGCCACCAUCUGUCUGAUUGGGUUCGCUGUGCUGGGCAAGAUGGGGUACAUGCAACGGACGGAGAUCAUCAACAUACAGGACAACAAGGAGCCCACACCAAGCACAGCCACAGCAGAAGAAGAUUCGAAAGUUUAGAGAAUGAGCUUCCAGUACAACAUUUAAGCAACGGAGGAUAUACCCCAUGGCAAUGUCCGCCAACAUCACUAACAAACAAUCAUGCGUAACGCCGUGAGAACAAUGGUUUGAGGUCAAUGUAUUUUGUGUUGAAUGUCUUCCGAUACGUAUGCAUAUCUGGGAGGUACCAAACUUAACCACCCUGUAUUCAGGGAGUCGUCAUUAUUUAAAUACAGGUACAUAUGUAAAAGCUUGUGUAUUUUAUUAACAUUCUUAAAGAUGUUGUACAUGGUGUUGAUAUAUGGAAGGAAUAUGAGCAAGACAAGAUUGGGGGUUGAGGGUGGAAGUGACGGUGGAGGGAUGAAGGAAUAGGGACAGGAAACGAUUUAGUGAUUAUUGUGAGGAAUCAGAGAGGGAGGUACCAGGGUGAUUGUCGACGUCGGGGAAUAAUUCGGCAUGUAAUCAUGACACCGAUGAGUUUGGCGACGUAAAAUAUAGUAUAUACAAGAAUGCAUCAUUUUAAGCACCCACAGGGCAAUUCUAGGCCUACCACACAAAUAGAAACACUGCAGCAUACUGUCACUAACAUUUGCUUUACUGGCACCAAUGUCCAUACAUCUCAUCGCCCGUACAUAUCAACAUAACACAUGUUAAACAUCACAUUUGGGUGACUUUCUUGAAAAUUGUGUUUUCAAUGUUACCACGGACAAUGAAGAGGAGUGAGUGAGGUUUUACGCCGCUUUUAGCAAUAUUCCAGCA